GGAGUCCCUCCCUCUAAAACCACUCUGUGUGGGGAACAUGAGAGCCAGACCAAAGCUCAGAGAAAAAAGCACAGAAUCAAACGCAAACCUGAAACUGGAUCCAGCUGUGAGUCAGCCAAAAGUGAGAUGUCAACAAAUGACGAUGUUAAAAGACAGUGCACCUCUGAAUCUAAGAUCACUGAGAGACCAGGAUUUCCUGAACCUGAACCCAGCUGUGUGUCCUUGAAGAGCAACCAGUCAAAGGGCAUUGGAGAAACCUUUAAAGCGGAACUUUCUGAGAUAGAGAGGAUCCCUCAGAGGGAUGGACCUGGACCUGAACUCAGCUGCGUGUCCUUAAAGAGCAACCAGUCCAAGGGCAUUGGAGAAACUUUUAAAGCACGGCCUUCUGCUGUAAAGAGAGUGGACAAGGAGACCUCUAAGUCUCAAAGUGGUCAGUCUGUGCAGCAGCAUCAAACGCAUAUGGACUAUGUAUAUUUAUGGAGCUGGAGGGUAACGUCAUCACUUUUGUGAAGAAUGAGUUGAAGAAGAUCCAGAAGGUUCUCAGUCCAGAUUAUCCAGAAUGCUUGAAGAGGCAAAAGGAGGAUGAGGAGGUGUUGGAAGGUAGGGAUGAAGAGAAGAGGAGGAGCAGCAGAGAGGCUUUUCUGAAAAUCAUACUGGACUUCCUGAGGAAAAUGGACCAGGAGGAGCUGGCUGACCGUCUGCAGAGUAGAACACAUGGUGCUGUUUGCCAUGAUCUUAAAUCUACCGUGAAGAAGAAGUUCCAGUGUGUGUUUGAGGGGAUCGCUAAAGCAGGAAACCCAAACCUUCUGAAUCAGAUCUACACAGAGCUCUACAUCACAGAGGGAGGGACUGCAGAGGUCAAUGAUGAACAUGAGGUCAGACAGAUUGAAACAGCAUCCAGGAAACCAGACAGACCAGAAACAACAAUCAGACAAGAAGACAUCUUUAAAGCCUCACUUGGAAGAGGUGAACCAAUCAGAACAGUGCUGACAAAGGGAGUGGCUGGCAUUGGGAAAACAGUCUUAACACAAAAAUUCACUCUGGACUGGGCUGAAGACAAAACCAAUGAGGACAUUCAGUUUAUAUUUCCAUUCAGUUUCAGAGAGCUGAAUGUUCUGAAAAAGGAAAAGUUCAGCUUGGUGGAACUUGUCCAUCACUUCUUUACUGAAACCAAAGAAGCAGGAAUCUGCAGCUUUGAAGAGUUUAAAGUUGUGUUCAUCUUUGAUGGUCUGGAUGAGUGUCGACUUCCUCUGGACUUCCGCAGAACUAAAGUCCUAACUGAUCCUAGAAAGUCCACCUCAGUGGAUGUGCUGGUAAUAAACCUUAUCAGGGGUAAACUAUUACCCUCUGCUCAUCUUUGGAUAACCACACGACCUGCAGCAGCCAAUCAGAUCCCUCCUAAAUAUGUAGAUAUGGUGACAGAGGUCAGAGGUUUCACUAGAUCACAGAAGGAGGAGUACUUUAGGAAGAGAUUCAGAGAUGAGGAGCAGGCCUGCAGGAUCAUCUCCCACAUCAAGACAUCGCGAAGCCUCCACAUCAUGUGUCACAUCCCAGUCUUCUGCUGGAUCACUGCUACAGUUCUGGAGGAUGUGCUGAAAACCAUAGAGGGAGGUGAACUGCCCAAAACCCUGACUGAGAUGUACAUCCACUUCCUGGUGGUUCAGGCCAAAGUGAAGAAGGUCAAGUAUGAUGAUGGAGUUGAGACAGAUCCACACUGGAGUUUGGAAAAUACAAAGAUGAUUGAGUCUCUGGGAAAACUGGCUUUUGAGCAGCUGCAGAAGGGAAACCUGAUCUUCUAUGAAUCAAACCUGACAGAGUGUGGCAUUGAUAUCAGAGCCGCCUCAGUGUACUCAGGAGUGUUCACACAGAUCUUUGUAGAGGAGAGAGGACUGUACCAGGACAAGGUGUUCUGCUUUGUCCAUCUUAGCAUUCAAGAGUUUCUGGCUGCUCUUCAUGUACAUCUGACUUUCAUUAACUCUGGAGUCAAUCUGCUGGAAGAACAACAAACUGGGGCACACUUCUACCAGAGUGCUGUGGACAAGGCCUUAGAGAGUCCAAAUGGACACCUGGACUUGUUCCUUCGUUUCCUUCUUGGUCUGUCACUGGAGACCAAUCAGAGUCUCCUACGAGGUCUGUUAAACCAAACAGGAAGUAGCUCAAAGACCAAUCAGGAAACCGUCCAGUACAUCAAAAAGAAGAUCAAUGAGAAUCUGUCUGCAGAGAAAAACAUAAACCUGUUCCACUGUCUGAAUGAACUGAAUGAUCGUUCUCUAGUAAAAGAGAUCCAGCAGUACUUGAGAUCAGGACGUCUCUUCACAGAUAAACUGUCUCCUGCUCAGUGGUCAGCUCUGGUCUUCAUCUUGCUGUCAGCAGAAGAAGAUCUGGAUGUGUUUGACCUGAAAAAGUACUGUGUUUCAGAAGAGGCUCUACUGAGACUGCUGCCAGUGGUCAAAGCCUCCAAGAAAGCUCUAUUGAGUGAGUGUUUCCUUUCAGAAAGAAGCUGUGAAGCUCUGUCUACAGUUCUCAGCUCUCAGUCCUCUAGACUGAAACAGCUGGAACUAGGCAACAAUGACCUACAACUUUCAGGAGUACAGCUGUUAUCAAUUGGAUUGAAGAGUCAACACUGCACACUUGAAACUCUCAGGAUGAACGGCUGUAACCUCUCAGAAAGAAGCUGUGAAAGUCUGUCCUCAGUUCUUCGCUUCCAGUUCUCCAGUGUGAGAGACCUGGAUUUGAGUAACAACGACCUGCAGGAUUCAGGAGUGACACUUCUGUCAGCUGGACUGCAGAGUCCACACUGCAAACUGGAAGCUCUAAGUCUGUCAGGCUGUUUGGUCACAGAGAAAGGCUGUGAUUCCCUUACGUCAGCUCUAACCGCCAACACUACCCAUCUGAGAGUGCUGGACCUGAGCUACAAUCAUCCUGGAGAGACAGGAGUGAAUCUCCUGAAGCAGCUGACACUGGAGACUCUCAGGGUGGAGCCUGCUGGAGUCCGAUGGUUGAGACCAGGUCUGAGGAAGUAUUCCUGCCAACUCACAAUCGACACAAACACAGUACACAGAAAUGUCAAACUGUCUGACAACAACAGGAAGGUGACACAUGUGGAGGAGGUUCAGUCAUAUCCUGAUCAUCCUGACAGAUUUGAUGACCGUCCUCAGCUGCUGUGCAGAGAUGGUCUUACUGGUCGCUGCUACUGGGAGGUCGAGUGGAGAGGCAGGGUUGACAUUUCAGUGAGUUACAGAGGAAUCAGAAGGAAAGGAGACAGUGUUAGGUGUUUGUUUGGUGGAAAUGAUCAGUCCUGGAGUCUGAGCUGCUCUGAAAAUCGUUAUUUUGUCUGGCACAAUAACCAAAAGACAUGUUUUUCUUCAUCCUCCUCCUCCUCUGUCUCUAACAGAGUAGGAGUGUAUGUGGACUGUCCUGCUGGCACUCUGUCCUUCUACAGAGUCUCCUCUGACACUUUGAUCCACCUCCACACCUUCAACACCACAUUCACUGAACCUCUUUAUGCUGGGUUUGCGUUCAGGCCUGCUUCUUCAUUGUGUUUGUGUAAAUUUGUAGAGUCAGAGAUUUUCCAGGCAAACAGAAACUGUUGAACAGAUAAUGCAGUCUGUACAUGUCUGUCACUUUCCUUGUAAACUUUGUCUCUUCAGUCCUUUAACAAUGGAAGCUACAAUUAUUCCAGCAUCCACAUGUUGUUUUUCUGUCCUCCUCCACUCACAGCUUUAUAGUGAAGUACGCUGUGUUUCUCUAAAGCUGAACUCACCUGAGAUGAUUUAGUUUGCUGUUUGCAGUUAGUUUGCUGUACAUGAGACAAACUGUGAUAUCAGGGAGGAAACUGAGCUACACAAACCCAGGAGAUGAAUUUACAAACUCUUCAGAGACAUUCACACAUUAUUUUUCAGUGAACAAAAGUGUAGACCAGCCGGGGUUUAUCCAGAUUUUAUUCAUAAUUAAUGACUUAAUGAACCUGUGUGUAUAUAUAUAUACAUAUAUAUAUAUGUAUAUAUAUACACAGUGAAUAAAUGUGUGUGUGUGUGUGUGUGUGUGUGUGUGAUACCGUCUGUGAUGUGGUGAUAUUUAUCUGACAUUUCAUACAAGCAAAAAAUGAAUUUCCAAAAGGACAAUAAACACUAAUAACUAACGCUGCAUUGCUCUAAAGCUAACCUGUAACCCUGACACAGUUUUAUAUGACUGUAUUUAUGAUUGACAUUGUCGUACAUAUUGAAGCAGGAAGAUGUUGAUGGAUUCCUGCAACCUGAAUAAACUUGUGUCAUUGCAUCAGUUUCUAUUUUAUUAUAUCAGUGAUAUGGAUGAUCAACCAUGCUGAUUUUAUUAAAUGCAUGUUAAUAUUAAUGUCCAGUGACCUUCAAGCAACUGCUAUAACUAUUGUAGUUUUCUUAUUUGUUAUGCUUAAUUUGUCCACUGGGUCAGUCUGUAGAGGGUAGUGUCUUUCCUCAGUGUAAAACAUUAUUGCAGACCUUGUAACAAUGUUUCGUUCUUCAAAGAGAACCAAAACUGCACUUCUGCCACUGAAAACGCUAGCAUGAACGUUCACCCUUCCCUUAGCUGUUAAUCAGAGGUUGGUUAUAAGGACCAGCUGUCAUCUACUCUUGAGCUCUGGCAACUUGCACUCAUUCCUGUUCAAGGUGGUAAAGAUUACAGGUUGUUGUUAAGUAUUGCAGACUGGAUUCAUUUCUCCUGGCAACUGCUUAAUCUGUAUAACCAUUAAAGGGUGGCCUAAACACUGCUGCUGUCUUGUUGUAGCUUUGCUGUCAUUUACUACUGGCAUUGGCUGGUUCCUUGUUUUAUGCUGUUUUAGUGUUAAUUGUUUGUUAUAUUUAAUCAUGCUUUCAAAGGAGUUGCAUUUUAGGGUGGUUGAAUUCGUUCUUGUUUCUUUUAUAUCUCGUUUACUGAGUUGUUUGGUGUUUUAUGUCACAAUAUAUAGUUGUUGUUUUUUGUUCUGUUUUUAUUUUUUGAUUUUGCUUUAGUGGAGGCAUGGCCGCUUGUUGUGGAGGCUAGGGAUAUGUGGUGGAAUUCCCUCUGAUGCAUGUGAGUGUACACACCGGGAAAUGGGUAUAAUGCACCAUUUAAAUUGCAGUGAGAAUGGCAGGGAGGAUUGCAGAGAGACCACACGGGUGAGUAAUUGGUGGCACCCUUGGGCACUCCUUCCUGUAGGUUGCCUCCCCAAGUGGUUAGUCUCCACCAUUUUGUUUAAUUAUUUUACUGAGUUCCAUUUUAACUAGGGUGGCAGUGAAUCUUGUCCUUUUCAUUAAUGUUUGUUGAUAAAGUAUUUUAAUUAACUGUUUUGUAUUGUCAGUCCUGCUACCUAAGAAGUGUGGGUGUCAACUUUACUGGUUUUCCUCCUUCGUGCUGCCACAUAA